GGUGUACCGUUCAUCGCCACUCAGUCUGCUGCGACGAGUCAUCUUAAAGGAAGCAUAAACCCUACCAUCUUCCGCUUGGGCGAGAAUCUCAAGGACGAUGCCUCCUCUUCGCAACUUGCCGGCUGCGAAGCCGCCACCCGCCAAGACCGAGCGCAGUCACGAAGAAAACCAGGAAAGAGCAUAUAUCGCUGCAUCACGACGGAGUGACCGAAGUCUCGAAGCUCGAGUCGAGUCGGCGAGGCGAGCAUCGGAGAUUCACGAGAAACGAACGGGUCGAAGACUGCGCGUCACGGAGCAAGAUGUCAUCAACGAAGAGAUGUACGAAGAGGAGGAUGAUAAUAUCCCCUGGCGAUACCGACAUCUCUCAAUGAUGCCCAACCUCGCUUCCUUACCUCCUGAUCUCAAACGACGCGUCGAGGCCCAACUCGCCUUCGAGAUGGAGCGCUCGCGUAUGGUCGAUCCCACCGGCCGUUUCGGCCAAGGCUCGCAGUUCAUGAACCCGGGCAUGAUGUCGAUGCCCCUUGGCGGACAACAGAGCAUGUUCUCGCCGUCCAUGUACUCCAUGGCACAGCCCUCGACAACCAUGUCGCCGCAGUCCGCCAUGUUUCCCCCGCCUAGCCCGUCUAUGGCACAGCAGCAAGCCCGAGCAGGAACGCCAGGCCAGCAUCGCCAAUCGCCGUAUCUCCGCCCUGGUCAACAAGCUCGCUCUGCUUCGAUCGCCGAUCCUCAGGAGCUGUCGAUGCACACCCAACAACAGUCGCACUCCGCCCAAUCCCCACAAACAUCCUCGUCACUCAGUGAUCGACGAAUGUCGCUCCCGACAAACCGCAACUCACAAUCUCCCAACCCAUCAAAGGCCGCAAAGAUCACACACACCGGCUCAAGCCAGCGCUCGCCGACGGACUCUUCCAUGCACGCGCAGCCGCACUUCUCGCAGCCAUACUCCUUCGCCGACUCCAACCCUUACGCACCUCUGACUUCAACUCUUCCAUUGAACACACAGCAGCUCCUCGGCGGAGACGGCAUGUUCGGCUUCAUGGGCGACUUCAACUCGCCCCCUCUCAAGCACAACAGCUUCGGCAUGGAUCCUCCCAUGUACAACUACAAUCCCAACGCCAGCCUCAAGAGCACCAACAAGCGCUCCCACGACCAGAUCACCACCACCACCGGCCUCGAGCAGACCCUGAUGCCCACGGCAUCCGCGCUCCACGGCCAGCAAGGCGGUGCUUCCGGCUUCUACGACUCGCCCAUCUCCCCCGAUCAAUCCAUGCUGAACACCAGCAGUGCCAUCGAUUCCGGCUUCGACGGCUCGGGCUUCUACGACGAUAACUUCCAGCUCGACGCGUUCAACAGCAGCGGCCAAGGCUCUCCGGCGGCGGACUUUAGCAACUUCACCAACGACGAGCUUUACCGCGACUCGUCGUUCGCCUUCUAAGGGAUUUCGACAUGAUAGACUUCUGUUCGCGUAUGCGACGUUCAUACCACAUUGUCGACCUGAGGACUCUUUUCGUCGUCUUCUGGAUUCAGCACACGACGGUGCCCUCAAAGCCACCGACUUCCAGAUCCUUUCUUUGA